AUGGAAGAGACGAGUUCAAUCAAAGAAGACGGAAGUGAUUCCGAACCACAGUUUGAGUAUCAACCGCUCUCACCUCCGUCGAAGACCAUACGGAUCAUCAAGCUCUUGCCAGGAAGUCCAUCGGAUCCACUCGAGUGUGAACUGGAGCACAGUCCGAUCGACUCAACAGACCGCUAUGAGGCGAUCUCUUACGUUUGGGGCGAAAAGAAAGAUUUCGUGCGCCUUCUCUGCGAGGGAAAGAGUCUGAGAAUUCCUCGGAGCCUGUACGACGCCCUUUUGCAGCUUCGAUGUCCUUCCAAGCCCCGCAAACUAUGGGCUGAUGCAAUCUGCAUCAAUCAAGACAAGGAUUCGGAGAAAAACCACCAAGUUCCGCUGAUGCGGACCAUCUUCCGCCGCGCUGACAAAGUUCUCAUCUGGCUCGGUCAUGAUGGUGCAGAGCUUGCGGAGUGUGCUUUUGGAUUCGCCCGGCGCCUUUCCGACAAAACUUCCACAAAACUCCUUCCAGACACAAGUACCUGGCACUCAUUCUCUGUGAUGCUUAUGCAACCAUGGUUCUGGAGAAUAUGGUGUUUUCAGGAGAUCGUGCUGGCCCGGAAGGCUGAAGUGAUGUGGGGCGAAGCCAGAAUCGACUGGGAACCUUUGGGACGGGUCGCAACGUGGAUCGGAAGUACUGGGUACGAUGUCAUGCAAAAUUUCCCAUUCCAUGGUGUCUACAAUGCAAGUCUCAUGUACACACUAUCGCGCAGCCUCACCGGCGCGGAUCCGGCAUCCUUCCUCCACCUUUUGAUGGUGACUCGGCGCUUCAAAUGCACAAGGAGCGUGGAUCGGAUCUAUGCGCUCUUGGGCAUCAAAACUUCCGACACGGAUCCUGAUGAGGGAAACUUUUACAUGGUUCCGGAUUACGCGAAGGACAAAGAAGAUGUGUACGAAGAGUUCGCCGUCAGAAUCAUGAACACUUCGCGAGACAUGACUCUGCUCUCGGCAGUCCAACACGGCCCACAUCUUAGCGAAAGCACCAAAUCCUGGGUACCUCAAUGGGACAAAAGUUACACGCGCACCGUCGUAUCCGCCCAUGCUCCAGGUAUGAAAUUCUCAGCCUCACGCCAUCUGGAACAAUCACCGCCAUCAUUCCACGACUCAACUUUGAUCGUCCAUGGACUUGAGGUCGACAUUGUUGACCGCAUUUCCGAAAUGACGCCAGAAAGGCGUGUUCUCGCCUCUGAACAUUGGCGGAUCCAAGAGUUGUGGACCGCAAUGGCCGCGCCGCUGCAAUCGUAUCCAAACAGACAAAGUCUUGCCGUCGCAUUUUGCUGGGCGCUUACCGCGGGCAAGGACUGGCUUGGCAACUCCGUCCAGGAUGAGGCGUCUCACCUCGCCGACUUUGCGGCAUUUGUGCAACAGAACUUCGACUCUGAGAUCAGAGAAUUUCUGGAAAUCCCCGACGUCCUUAUACACGGGAGCGACAGCGGGAAAGGCGAUGCUGGUCGGUAUACGGAAGCCAUGUACUACUGCUUCUGCCUGCGUCGUUUCUUCGUCACGAAGAAUGGUUAUAUUGGGAUCGGACCAGCCUGCAUGCAAGAAGGCGACAAGGUCUGUGUGUUAAGCGGCGCAAUUAUCCCCUUCAUUAUCAGGCCGGAUGGAGAUCAGCACAAGUUGGUUGGAGAAGCGUAUGUUCAUGGAAUCAUGCGUGGUGAAGCAUGUGAGAGACAUGAAAAUGAGUCGGUGGAGCUAUCUACUUUUCGUUUGACUUAA